CAUGCAUCAAGUGUAGCAACAGCACAGAGUUCAGUUUCAGUUUCAGUUUUUCCCGGGAACUUGAAGCAGCGUGUUGUGUUGUCGGACAACUGAGCAACAUCACCCAACAGCUCCAGAAGCUUAGCUAACUAACAAUCUCACAAGAAGCUCAGUGCGUGUUUUUUGCUCUCAGACACAAUCAACUUAAGUCUUGUGCGCGGUCUCAAACAAUAUUUUUUUGCGUUUUUGUUUUGUUUCACUCGAAAAGUUGCAAUAUUUUUGAAUAGUGGCGCCAAAGCGCUUUUUGGCCAACAGGUGAACACAUACACAGGCAACUGAGCGUCCCUGCUUGGCUGUGGGGCAGGUAAUUAAAACGAAACGAGAGUACGCAACAAAUAUUUGCAUAAAACCGAGCUGUCGCUCUUACUCCUGCUCCUGCUUCGCUCUUUGCUGUUUGUAACUUGCUGGCUAAUAAUAAACUAAGCUAAGGCUAACUACAGGCAGCAGCCUCAUUACAGUUACAGUUAGAGCUGCAAAUAAAGAUUCAGAGCAAUUGUAGCUAAGGCAUUUCUCAACAUAUUUAAAGCUCGAGAGAUAAUAAAGCGUAGCGCAUAUUGCCUUUGGGGCGAUUUCAUGGAAAUUUACACAACGCUGACAGCAAACGCCACAAACGCAACACGCAGCAGCAGCAGCAGCGCUUCUGAUUAAGUGGGCGUCAGUGGGCGUGGUAGAAACACCAGCCAAAGCAACCAACCAACCAACGAACCAACCAACAACAACGCAGCCGCCUGUAUAAAAAGGAUUUUCUUUUUCGACUGAUUUACGGUAGCCGCCGUGCUUGCAACCAGCCAAACAGACAGUCAGACAACUCAGACAGACAGUCGAGACAGCAACCAACGUACAUCAAUCCUUUGGCAAGGCGUGAGCGUGAGCACCUAUUCCAACAACAGAACAGCGACAGCAACUACAGCAAAAUGCGUGGCCGUCAUUUGCGUCGACGCUUCAGCCUGCAGCCGUCGUUCAUGAAGGAUGACAACGCCGAGGAUAAGCCCAAGCGUGACAAAGUGGGCAGAAAUAAUGCUGUGGACGAUGCCAUUGGACCGGCAAAUGCACGCCAUAAAAUUGUGGUCAUGGGCUCGGCCAAGGUGGGCAAAACAUCCAUAAUCACACAGUUUUUAUACAACACAUUUACCACGAAAUAUAAAAGGACCAUCGAGGAGAUGCAUCAGGGGAACUUUUCAAUUGCGGGUGUUAGCCUGACGCUGGACAUACUCGACACGGCUGGCUCCUAUGAGUUUCCAGCAAUGCGCGCUCUUUCGAUCUCAUCGGCCGAUGCAUUCAUCUUGGUCUACGAUGUUACCGAUGCGGCAACUUUUGAGGAGGUCCGCGCUAUACGCGAUCAGAUCCACGAAACUAAGGCCACCACUGCGGUGCCCAUUGUGGUUGUCGGCAAUAAGAUUGAUCUCUUAACCGAAGACAGUGAGCUGCGUGAGGUUGAAUACGCCACCACCGAGUCUGUGGUGACUGUGGAUUGGGAGAAUGGCUUUGUCGAGGCCUCAGCCGCCAACAACACCAACAUUACCCAGGUGUUCAAGGAGCUGCUGGCACAGGCCAAGAUCACUUACAAUUUGAGUCCCGCUCUGCGUCGUCGUCGUCAGUCCUUGCCGCAGCAGAUUGGCAACAAUGGACCGGGCACUCCGUUGCAUCAUCAUCAACACCAUCAUCAUCAGUCGCAGCAGCAGCAGCAGCAUCAGCAGCAUGGCCAUCAGCACUCGCAUAGCCAUAUGGGCUCCUUGAUGUCGCAUGGUGUUGGCGCCGGGUCUGCCUUGGCCUCCACUUCGUCUGGAGCUGCUGGCGGCUCGCAUGCUCCGACGCCGGCUCAGCUGCAGCACUUGCAGCGCAUUCAGGAGCGCAGCAUGGGCUCCAAGCGCAACUCUUGCAUCAUUUCCUAAACCAAAAAAACAACAAACACACUCCCAAAAAAAGCAACAAGCAAACCUUAAGCUACUGAAACUAAACAAACAAACGGUCUCCUAUAAAUGGUUUUCAAUGUUUCACAAAUAAUAAACAAAGUCGAUGGACAAUUUACAAAUCUAAUAUAAUAACUAAACUAAACUAAACUACUCAACUCGCAUGUACCUCUCUCUCUCUAUACACUUUACACACACACUUUAGUACCUAUACUAACUAUCUCAACUAACUCAAGCGCUCUCAAGUCUGGUUUACGCUAAGCUCUAAUCGAACUUUAUAUGUAUAUGGCAUGUUAUAGAAUCUAGAGAUCAUAUGUAUGUAUUUUUUAAAUACUUGACAAUAUCUGAGAAAAGCAACACAAGCAACAAAAGCAAAAGCAAACGCAAAGUAAAGCAAAGCUAAACAAAAACCAGAUCUGGAGAGAAUUCAACACAUGGCAUUCAUAUUUACAUAGGUUGCCACAGAAUUUUUAUAGAAAUUUCCAUCUGAAAUUUUUCAAAUCGUUGCAUGCGUUGAACUAAUUGUUUGGCUUAUUAAGUGAUGGCUAAAAAAAAUUGUCUCAGAAUGUAAACUCUUUAAUAUUUAAAAGAAAAAGCAGCUCGAAGCUGAUUUUGGGUUGCUCUGUGGCAUCCCAAAUACUAAACUUUUACAAUUUAUUACAAAAUACAUAAAGCAUGCGAAGCUAUUUACACAU